CGCCCGCCACCCCGCCAGUCAUCGAGCGGCAGUCUUGGAAGAUACUGUACGGAGUAGUGAUAGAAUUUAUUAUGCGUUUAAACUGACAUGCGUGCUUUACUUAUAAUAUCGUGAAUAAAAACAAACGAAAGAAUUGGAUUUCAGUGACAGAACAUCAUAACAGUGCAGUGUAAACACACAAAUAGGUUAUUCCGUUUGUUUUAACCGUUUGGUGCAGUGUUUAUGUUCGGUGCGCAGCGGCCGUUCCGUCCGGCGUGCUACAGGGACGUCGCCCUCGAGGAUUCCUAAUAGAGAUGAAGCGGCGGUCGGUGACGCGGUCAGCGGCGAGGUGAGGCGGCGUGUGGCGGCAUGGACCAUGCGGUGAAGGCGAUGUCGGCGCGCGGGCCGCUGGCUCGGCUGGUGACGCGGCGCCGCUUCGAGUCCGCCGAGCUGGAGGAGCUGUACGCGCGGUACGCAUGCAAGCUGCAGCGCACCUCCGUCGGCUCGGCGCUGGCGCUGUGGGCCGCGCUCGCCGCCGCACUCGCCGCCGUCGACGCCACUCGCGGCUGGCGCAGAGCACCGCAGGUCGGUGUUCUGGGCGCGCACGCCGUGUUGUGCAGCGGGCUGGCGUGGUGGUGCGGGCGGGCAGGCGGCGUGGCGCCGGAGCGGCGGCUGCCUCGCGCGUGCUGGCUGGCACUGGCGGGCGGGGGCGCCGCGCUGGCCGCCACGCUGCCCGCCUGGGGACCCGGCGCCGCCGCCGAAGGUGCCGUGCACGUCGUGUGGGCCGUGUUUGCCGCCUACGCCCUGCUGCCCGUCGGUGCGCCGGUCGCCGCGGCGUUUGGCAUCUUGCUACCAACUGCACACACCAUCGCUGCAGCGCUGGUCGCUCACCGGUUUCCUCAUCACGUGUGGCAGCAGAUGAUGGGCAACGUUGUGGUGUUUCUGUGUGUGAACGUGGUGGGAGCUCUGAUGCAUUCGCUGAUGGAGACGGCGCAGAGGCGCGCCUUCCUCGACACCAGGAAUUGCAUCGCGGCGCGACUCGACAUGGAGGACGAAAACGAAAAGCUGGAGCGGUUACUACUCUCGGUGCUGCCGCAACAUGUCGCUAUGGAAAUGAAGAACGACAUCAUUUCGCCCGUCGAGGGACAGUUUCACAAAAUCUACAUCCAGAAACACGAACAAGUUAGCAUCCUAUUCGCGGACAUCGUGGGCUUCACGGUGCUCGCGUCCCAGUGCAGCGCGCAGGAACUUGUGCGGCUGCUCAAUGAACUUUUCGGUCGAUUUGACCAACUCGCCAACGACAACCACUGCCUCCGGAUCAAGAUCCUGGGCGACUGUUACUACUGCGUGUCCGGGCUGCCCGAGCCGCGCUCCGACCACGCGCGCUGCACCGUCGAGAUGGGCCUCGACAUGAUCGAUGCCAUCGCGUCGGUGGUAGAAGCCACGGACGUGCAGUUGAACAUGCGCGUAGGUAUCCACACGGGGCGAGUGCUGUGCGGCGUCUUGGGCCUGCGCAAGUGGCAGUACGAUGUUUGGUCCAACGACGUCACGCUCGCCAACAACAUGGAGGCUGGCGGGGAACCGGGACGCGUGCAUAUAACGCAAGCGACGCUGGAGUGCCUCGGCGGUGCGUACGAGGUAGAGCCAGGCCACGGCGCCAGCCGCAACGCCUAUCUCAGGGAUCACUCCGUGCAGACCUACUUCAUUAUACCGCCUCCCAGACGGAGAAAGAUGUGCCUGUCGGCGGGCGUCGGGCUCGGUUCAGGAUCGCGUCGUAAGCUUUCCUUCAAAAAUGUGUCCAACGUGGUGGUCCAGCUGUUGCACUCCAUCAAGUUCAAUGUGGACGUCCCCUUCUCCAACAUGGCCGCGUCUCCUCAAGAACUAAAGGCGAACGCGGCUAGGAAGGUGCUGGACCUGCGGCGCGCGCUGCACGCGGAGCCGGGCUCGGCGGACGCGCUGCGGCUGGCCUCGCUGCGCGCCGACGACAACAAAGUGACGGAGAAGUUCAAGCGGCCUCUGAAAAAGCGUCACUCGUCUGUGUACCACCAGCCCACGAACCGCGUGAACAAGUACCUCGCGCAGGCCAUCGACGCGCGCUCCGUGCACCGCGAGAAGGCCACGCACGUGCAUCUACUCACUUUGUGCUUUAAAGACGCUGAUAAAGAAUCUCAGUACCGCGCGUCGACGGACGGCGGCUGGGCGGGGUCGCUGGGCGCGGCGCUGGGCGCGCUGCUGGCGGCGGGCGCGCUGCAGGCGGCGACGCUGCCGCGCACGCUCAUCCUGCUCAUCCUGUUCGUCACGGCCUUCGCCUGGUCCGCCGCCGUGCUCGCGCUCACGCUGGCCGCCAGACUCAGGCUCAUACCCUGCGACGUGUCCCGACCGUUCGCAUUGAGGAACGCGAUAACCACCUUCACUAUUGUCUUGGGAUAUGCUGUUGGACAAGUUAAUGUGAUCACCUGCGACAAAAUUCGUAUAUGUGGAAACCUGACAGAAAACGUAACGAUGGACGAUAUCAAAGCCAGUAGUAGCAGCGAGACGCUAGCGUCAUUAUGGAGUUGUGACGACGAGCACCGCGCAUGCCCGGUCCCUUUGUACAUAACCCUCGGCUGCUGUCUCAGUAUGCUGGCGGUGGCUGUGUUCCUGAGACUGCCGAUAUUGGUCAAAGGAGUGCUGCUAUCGACCAUGACGGCUGGAUACAUGGCGGUCAUAUUGGCCUACCAUAAAGCACUGUUCGAUUGCUACGAUCUCAUGACCGACCCCGGCGCGGUGGGGUCUGCGUACAUAGCGUGCGCGUGGACGCUGGCGCUUGCGGCGGCGGUGUUGCUGCACGCGCGGCAGACCGAGUGGACGGCCCGGCUGGACUUCCUGUGGCAAGUGCAGGCCAGGGACGAGAAGAGGGACAUGGAUGCUUUACAGGCAUCAAACCGCCGAAUACUGUUCAAUCUCUUACCGGCACAUGUCGCGACGCAUUUCCUCGACAACCAGUUCAGAACAAAUAUGAGGCGCGGUUGGCAGGACCUGUACCAUCAGUCGUACCAGCGCGUGGGCGUGGUGUUCGCCUCCAUCACCAACUACCACGAGUUCUACAUGGAGCUCGACGGCAACAACCAGGGCAUGGAGUGUCUGCGGCUCUUGAAUGAGAUCAUUGCUGAUUUUGAUGAGCUACUCGGUGAAGAUCGUUUUAGUGCGAUAGACAAAAUCAAGACUGUAGGGUCAACAUACAUGGCGGCAGUAGGUCUCAUACCCGACAAGAAAAUGUCGGACGAACCGAGCACUCGUAAACACAUGGCCACACUCGUCGAGUUCGUGUUCGCAAUGAGGGAUAAGCUCAAAGAUAUCAACGAUAAUUCGUAUAAUAACUUCAUGCUGAGAGUGGGUAUAAAUGUCGGCCCCGUGGUGGCUGGCGUUAUCGGAGCGAGGAAACCGCAGUAUGAUAUUUGGGGUAAUACGGUUAACGUUGCAUCUCGCAUGGACUCGACAGGCUUGCCUAACCACACGCAAGUAACUGAGGAGGUAUAUCAGGUACUAAAGGACAUGCCUUAUCAAUUCGUGUGUCGAGGAAAAGUCAAAGUAAAGGGUAAAGGCGAGAUGACAACGUAUUUCCUGACUGAUAGAGCUCCAGCUAAUGGUAAUGUACAGAAUCCCCCGAAUACGCAGACGCCGAAUCCUCCUACUGCCUACGGCGGAGUCGCUACACCCCUCGCGAUGCUUCAGAACUCUGCGCGUAGAGCGGCGGCGCCACCGUCAAGACUCCCUCCAUUAAGAGAAGCUUCGGUUGCCGGGGAAAAUGAGCCACUGCUACCCUCAAACGGAAAUCAAAACAAUGGAAACAACCACAAAGGUAGUAAAGGCAGGAGAAACAAAGACAUGGAGGAAGUACCUCCACCACCUCCCCCGCAUGGUGUGCCUGGAAAUCCAAGAUGGCCUCCGCCAAGGGCAUUAGUUCCACCUUGGCCUCGACCGCAGGAGCCGCGCCCUCCCGCUGCUCACAAGAGAAGGCCGCCAACUAGAUUGCCACGACCACGGUCGAGUGAAAGCUUGCCCCUGGCCCGUAGUCCACGCGUGCACUCCUCAGCUGAUGAACUGAGUUCUCUUACAAGGUCACCCAGCCUUAGUUCCUCAGAUGAAAGCUAUUCGCGUACGACAGAUGCUUCUCCUUCUCCGCCUCGAGCCAGCCAAUGGCUGCCGGCAGUUCGACCCAACCGCACGAGUCCGAGCCCAGCUUAUGACUAUCCUCCGGUGCGAGCAAACAAACCGGUCACGAAUCAUAUUAACGAAAUAUAUUCUAAACAUAAAAUUAAUAAGAAGCCGUCGCUGGAAGACAAAUUUUUCGAUGUCGCUUUUCAAAAAGAGGAGGAUAAACUCCAGAGGAGUAUAAUAAAUAUGUUACAGGCUUCGGCAAAAAGAGAUGGAUGCUGUCAGACAGAUAAAAAAGACGUCAGUCGAAUUGCGCAACGGACAAAUUCAUUUUCUAGUUCAGGAAGUCGGCCGAAUAACUUAAAGCAUACUAAUCAUGACUCCAGAGAUGUUUUUACCAAGAGGAGUCCAACAGACGUGGCGUGCGUUCCGCCGUUUGAGAGAGAGAUACAAAGGCUGCUGGAUGAUAAAAAUAUCAUGAAAAGUAAUCCACCUAAAAUGGAACGUAAGGAAUUGAAACUUGAGUUAAGGAGUCAAAACCCAUGUCUGGAGCCUGUACGCAACUGCAAUAACAACAGCAGCCCAUUGCACGCGGUGGGGCUGGCGGCCAUCACGCAGCUGGCGCGGCAGGAUGCGCCCCUCCCUGCCGUCUCCCCCCUGCGCCCCUCCACCGACUUCCCAGGCGUUCUGCCCACGGACGUCGUAGUCGAGCUGCCCUCACCCACCCAUGCACGGGACCAAAAUCCUAUCCCUUCAAACGAAAGAAAAACAGAAGUAGCGGUAACUAAAGAAAAGCAGGAGAAGGACAUUCCGGAGCGACUACACAACCGGGUGACCACUUCGAAUCACAGAGAAAUGGGCCUCUACGGGGAAAGUCAAUCCGAAUGGAGCUCGUCGUGUUCGGAGGGCGAGGGCGACGGCGAGGGCGGCCAGCCCGAGAGCACCGGCUACACCACCGACGACCCCGCGCUCGAGAACGUCUCCAUGCUCAACGAGGCGGGACUCACCGAUGCCGAAGCGGCACUCAGUGACGUCAACUCGUGUUACUUCGACCGCGACGACGACGUGUCGUCUCGCGCUUCCUCGCGCUUGCUGGACUCCGAAGCAUUGGUGUCUCUGGAAUCUCUGAGCGCCAUCUACGACUCCGACGAGCCGGCGCACAGAUACUUGGCGAACAUUCGCACCGUCAGUGAAUCCAUUACGAGGAACUUCGGACAGCCCGCGCACGUCACUGACGGCGAGAGUGACGUCUAGUGUUCGAACGACCUGUCACUGAUAUGGAACGCUUUAUUCUUGUGUGACUAAUGAAUAUUAGCAGACGGACAACUCUUGUACUUCCUUAUAGUCAAUUGUGAAAUAAUCUCAAACGAUUUUCAUGACAGAGCUCCCAAAGAAAUUAGUUGUAAUUGCGUGUUAAUAACGAUUCACUUGGCUCUCUAUAAAUGUUAUGACGAAUACUCAAUUAUGUUAUGUGAAAUGAUCCCGAAUUGUUUUCCUUCAAGUGAGUUUUGAUGUUUCAUCGUGGUGGACAAUACGAUGUGCGUCACGUGUUGUAUUUCCCGCGCACCGUUCGCCAGUGAGUCGAGGCGUCGUGAAGCAGCUGACGGGCCUUGAUUUUUGAUGAUGUGUACUUUGUAAAUUGUAUCGAUAUGUACCUAUUAUAAUAUAACACUGUAUGAUAUUCAUGUACAGCUGAACGUGCCAUGUGAUGGCGUGCUACGCGUGGGAGUGUGCGAUGAUCUCCACAAUUAUAAGGUGCUCUGAUUUAGAGUUAUUUCGGGUUUUGUGAUAAUGGCGUAGAAAAUCGAAUUCGAGCGACCAAUAUCUGAUAAGUCAGUGUUUUAGAGUAAGGGCUGGUCCCCUGUACUGUCGAAUCUUGUUCAUCUCACCAUGUCGUUGAUUGAGAUAGUGGAAUUCAAAGUGGUGUGUGCUAAUAUAAGUAUAAUGCAUUUCAAUUUGUCUAUAGAUUAAAUGUUACCAUAGGCUGAUCGAUUGUGCUUCAUAGUAUUGCUUUCACCAGUAUCACAUUUCUUGUUUUGAAGGGCGGGUCUAUUUUUAUGAUAAAAUUAUUUCUUCUAAAACAAACUCGAAUAAAUACGAUAGUUAAUUUUUUGGUAAUUUAUAUUUUCUCUCUUCGUUCUAGUCACAACCUUCAAAACGUUUGAUAAUCUUUUCUAUAGUUUAAAGCAAGAGUGCCAUUCGUCAGUAUAAUUUACUUCUCUUCGUGUUGUUCAUGAACAAUGAUGUGUGCAAAUGAUGAGUAAGAUCCUGUAGAUGUAAGUAAACAGCUGUGAGACUCGAAAGUACAACCAUUACCUAAACACCACUAGCGAAUAUUUGUUGUAAAAUAUUCACUGUAUUUAUAAAAAUAUAUCAAUUAUUUUAUAUCUUUUAGUGUAACAUAUUAUGUGUCAAUUUCAUAUGAUGACUGUUUUGUUUUGGUAAACUACAUAAUCAAUAUUACCGAUCUAAGGCACUUUAUUUUGAACUGUAUAUUGUAGAUGGACACGGCUUUGUUUCGCUAAGUACUUAAGUGAGAUGCGAACUUAUUUUUAUCGAAUUUUGCUGGUCGUGGAACAUUUGUUUGUAAGAAUUAUUUGUUUAACACUGUAUUGCUGCUUGUUUCAUAUCUAUAGUUCGGCGACUCGAAUCUAAUAAAUUUAAAAGCACUUAUCGGGGAUUGCAAUUUUUUGUUAUGACGCUUCGUAGUGGUAAGGUUUAAUUAAAUAAGGGAUUUCUUAUAUUUCCCGUACAACAUUUCUCGUUUUAUUUUAUUCUUAGAAAUGAUAGCGACGCGUUAGGGGUUGUUUGUUUAUGUCUAUAAUGUUUUAGCGACGUUUGGCUACUUCAGAAUAUAGAUAUGUAUCGGUUGACGGAGCGCAUUCAGCAUUGUAAGUAUUAGCGUGGAUCAGAGUAAUCCACGUACACGUGUAUAAUAUUGAGGGCGCGGGCUCUAGCGAGAUCUAGGAGAUUGUUAUCAUUGUAAAUAUUGUUAAUCACUUGUCAAGUGCUAUUCCUCUUAAUACAUCUUAUACCUAAGUGUACCAAGCUGUGAAGAGAUGACAUUAUUUUUUGAACGAAUCCAUUUGUUCGCUGUUUUUAUUCUCAGUAUUUGGAUUUAUAGAUUUUCCUCGUUGACAUAUGUACACAUAGUGCCAAACUAUUUUUAUGUAUAUGCUUGUGAUCAACAUUGUAUUAUUUAUUUAUGAAUCUUCGAUUUAGUUUAGUUAUGUUUUUGAUGUUAAACUUUAUCUUGUUUAUUUUUUAUUGAAUGGAAUAAAUCAAAUUAAAAUCGAAAAAAAUAGAUCUGAUAUUUAGUAAAAACCUUCGUAGAGGAGUAGUGGAACAAUAUCAAGUUGUCAAAUGUUUAAAUAUACUCAUCGAGGAGUUAAACAUCAUUAAUAUUACAAUUCUAUGUAUGGAGCAGUUGCAUUAUAAUAAAUGAUUAAAAUGUGGUAGAGCACAUGAGUUUUUGCUGUGAUAUUCACAUUAACGCUGUCCAUGCAUCACUCAGUAAUGUACGUCAACUCAUCGGUAUUGCGGUCACCACGAGUAUAGUGCACAAAUAUUUUUCCUAGCUUUAAUGUGAAUAAGUUCAGCUUAAAUACAAAUUAUUAUCUCAUAGAAACAAAAUAUGUAUCAGUUUAAUUUUUUGUAGGUAUUUGCAUUGCGCCUUAUACAUAAUAGAAUGUGUAUUAUGUAUUUUUAUUUAUUUCAAUUCAAUUAAGCAAUAUUAAUUACUUAAAAAUUAAAAGUUGUUUAUUUAUAUUACCAGACUUCUUUCAUGUCAUUUUACGCUCAUCUCAUAAAGCUAUUAAAACGUUAAAAUGA